CCACUCCGUUGUUCCAACUCUGCGGGGCACGGGACAGUCACUUCUCGGCUGUUCCUUCCCCCGUCUCACAGCUCACGUCACCUCCCGCCUUCUCUUGCCAGUUGCGCCCACCAUCCGUCUCCAUUUUACCUCCGAUUGUCUCUCGAUUUCCUUCGCUUUCUGGCUCCGCCAUGACCAAACCUCCCUGAGUUUUAGCCUCCUCGGAUCCGUGCCUUUGAAUUUCGGAUCUGAAUCCCGAGCUCUCCAUGGCGAUGAGGAACCGGACUCUUAUUUUCAGAAGGUACAGGGAUGCGUUGAAGAGCGUCAGGCUUCCUUCCAGUUCUCCGCCUGCGUAUUCGUCUACGAGCUCCGCCGCCGGUCCGGUGAUCGAGUUGGUCAACACCUCGCUUCUCAAUCCGAAUCGUUCCUAUGCUCCGCUCAGCACUGACUCUGAGGACCCCGGUAAUUCGAGUAAGGGCGCUCUUACGGUGGGUCUACCUCCAGCUUGGGUGGAUGUUUCUGAAGAAAUAGCAGCAAAUGUACAGCGUGCACGAACUAAAAUGGUUGAGUUAGCCAAGGCUCAUGCAAAGGCUUUAAUGCCUUCAUUUGGAGAUGGUAAAGAAGAUCAACAUUUGAUUGAAGCUCUUUCACAAGAGAUCACUGGUCUGAUAAAGAGAUCAGAGAAGAAACUACAGAGACUUUCAGCUGCUGGGCCUUCUGAAGAUUCAAAUGUUAGAAAGAACGUGCAGCGCUCUCUUGCCACUGAUCUUCAAAACCUUUCAAUGGAGCUUCGCAAGAAACAGUCAUCUUAUUUGAAGCGCCUCAGGCAGCAAAAAGAGGGUCAAGAUGGGGAUGAUUUAGAGAUGAAUCUAAAUGGAAGUAGAUCUAAAAUUGAAGAUGACGAUAUGGACAACAUGGUGUUUAAUGAGCAUCAGAUGGCCAAGCUCAAAAAAAGUGAGGCGUUCACAGCAGAAAGAGAAAGAGAGAUCCAACAGGUUAUGGAAUCUGUCAAUGAGCUUGCUCAGAUCAUGAAGGAUUUGUCAGUACUUGUGAUAGACCAGGGCACUAUUGUUGACAGAAUAGACUACAACAUUCAAAAUGUGGCAACCACUGUGGAGGAGGGGUUAAAGCAGCUGCAGAAGGCAGAGAGAACACAGAAACAUGGGGGGAUGGUGAGGUGGCUCAUUAUCAUGUGCCUUAUCAUGUUGGUUCUACUAAUCCUAAAGGAAAUAUUCUUGUGAUCUUUGGGCACCGGUAUCUCCAGAUUUUGCUUACUAAUUUGACCCUUCCCCAGUAUACAUGUUUAGAGAAUACCUACUUAUUUGUUCGUUUCAUUUUCCUUAUUUUUUUGGGGAGGGGAAAAGUGGAGUUUGGGUGGGGAGGGGGCUAUGUAGGGGCCAUAUGCCCGGGAA